AUGACCAGUUCCGCCGCUCGGCGGCUGCCCCCUUUGCCCAGCACGCGCGAUCUGCUCCGGCUCUACGGUAUCCGAUCCAAACGCAGCCUAUCCCAAAACUUCAUACUCGACCCCCGGACGCUGGACAAAAUCGCUCGCACUGCCGGUCCGUUGGCUGGUCAGACAGUAGUGGAGAUUGGACCCGGACCCGGUGGCAUCACGCGAGCCUUGAUAGGCAAUGGCGCCCGCCAAGUCGUGGUCAUUGAGAAAGAUGCCCGAUUCCUCAGUCCGCUCCGGCUCUUGCAAGAGGCCGCCCAAGGUCGCAUCAUCAUCAAUAUGGGCGAUGUCCUCAAAGUUAAUCUGUCGAAAUUUUUGGACGCGGAGCUACGGCAGCCGUGGGACUCGCCGCAAGUGCCGGAUAUUCGUCUCGUGAGCAAUUUACCGUUUAACAUUACCAUGCCUUUCUUGGUCCGGACCAUCCGCGACAUGGCUGCCCACGAUAACUUGUUCUCCUAUGGACGUGUGCCGGCCGUGUUGACCUUUCAAAAAGAAGUGGCUGAGCGGAUUAUUGCCCAGCCCGGAGACCGAAAUCGAAGCCGACUCUCGGUGUUGUGUCAGAACUUUGCUCAAGCCCGCUUGAAAUACACCUUGAAGGGCGGUUCGUUUGUGCCAGCGGCAUCUGUGGACGUGGGAGUGAUGACUCUAUUGCCUUUGAGGCAACCUUACAUUGAUUUGCCCUUUAACUUCCUGGAAAAGGUGUUUACGUCGUUGUUUCAUGGCAAACAAAAGACAGUGAGAAAAACGAUUGGCCAUCUGUUUCCCAAUCAAAACCGCCUCGAACGGGCGGAUAUCCUCUUGUCCACGUGUCGUAUUCAUCCCAAUCGUACAGCCGUCUCUUUGGACAUGAAUGACUUUGAAAAGAUUGCCUUCACCUACAAGGAUAUGUGUGACAAAGAGCCCAGGCUAAAAAAGUACGUCCUUCCCGAACUGCGAGAGUUGUUACUCGAUUAUCAGAUCGAGCAUGGCCUGUUCGAGGACCAAGACGUGCUCGAUUCGGGCAGUGGGUUCAGCCUCACGCAGAAAGAACACGAUGAGGACGAGAAUCGUCCAUCGCUUUAAUCGCAUGAUGGGCUGACCUCCCGUCUCGUUCCUUGGUUGUGGCUUCAGAUUUAAGCAGCCGUUCUUAGUUGAAAAUACAUCCGUUGUUUUCCUAUUGAA